GCCCGCUAUCGCCAGCCGCAGCCCUGUCGCCGGGACCCUGAAUUCACCAUAUUCAAUGUAUAACUGAUUCGACCCACCCCCAGGCGGAUUACGGCCAAUCGGCGAGUAGUGGGAGUACUGAAUUCGCCUUCCCGCCGAAAGCAGCCCUUUAUUAGGGCUUGUUUGCUGCGUGCUCUGCAGCCAUUUUGUGAACCUGCAGAGAGGUGUGAGGAGGUGCAGAGCUAGCAAUUUGGUUGUUUGCUGUGGAUAUCGUUUGGACACCCCAGCAGGCUUUAUUCCAGGACAGUCAGGAGGAUUCCUGUUACCCGGAGGAGAGCCAUUUUAGGAGCUUUUACUACAUUUGUAGAGAUGUCAAAGGACAAGCAGACCCGAUCCGCCCCUUCCCCCACCCCCUCGGAUCUAUCCCUUCAUAGCAACGAGGAGUGGGAGCCAACCCAGGAGGCGGAUACGACCGGCCAGGCAUGUAGUGACCAGCCGCGGUCGUCAAGGGCCCAUGAGAAGUCCAAGAAAAAGCCUAGUAGAAAGGCAAGAAGCCAGCCAGAGGAGCAGUCGGAGGAGGAAGCCUCUGGUGAAGAUGCAGGACCGAAAAAGCCGCGUGGACCCAGAUAUACUGAGGCGGAAAACUGUACCCUAGUGGAUUGCGUCGACAGGUCCUACGACGUUUUGUAUGGACCAAGGGCACAGACAACAGCAGCUAGGACAAAGCGAAGCAUCUGGGAAUCCAUUGCGAGUCAAGUCACUGCAAUAUCUGGAAACCGCCGGAGCACCAGAAAUUGCUUGAAGCGGUACAGUGAUUGCCGCAGACAGACCAAGAAGAAGAUGGGGAUUCAGCGCCGACAUGAGACAGCUACGGGAGGUGACCCGGCUCUCAACCUGAAGUGGCUACCCUGGGAGGAUGUUAUUAGAAGGCGCAUGAACCCUGCCAUGGUCGAAGGAGUUCGCGGAGGUGUGGACUCUAGCCGUCCUGCUGGCUUUCCCGAGGAGGAAGAACCGCCCAGAAGACGGAAGAAGGCGGGAGAUAAGCCGUCCAAAAGGAGGUCUGAUGACAGGCCUGCCCAGAGGACAUCACCUGCGCGCAGGACAUCGCCAGCGCACUGACCAUCACCUGUGCAGCAGGCAUCGGCAGCAGCG